CUAUCGCCGGGCCUCAACUCUCGAACAAUCGUCAGCUCUUGAUAUAUAUUAAAAACACCCGCUCUACUCGCGACAGUACAUUCGGACUGACUGCAACAGCCUGGUUUGGAUCAAGCCUACAAGCAAAAACUAGGCGCAGUACUCUUAUGCUUCCAAUCACCCAGCUCCAAAUACUAUCUCUACGUUAAGGUACCAUGAGUGUCUCAGGUCCUUCAAGCUUCUCAUGUUUGCUUUGCCGUCAGCGGAAAGUCAAGUGCAACAAGCAGAGCCCGUGUAGUAACUGUAUCAAAGCUGAGAAACCAUGUAACUUCAUCGCCCCUGUCCGUGGGACGCGGAAGAAGAUCAAGCCGCCAAAGGAAGGUCUCCACGCCAAGCUACAAAGAUAUGAGGAGCUCCUGAAGUCUUAUGGAGCUAAGAUUGAGGCAUCAGACGAAGAUCAUCAGACGGAUGCAGAAACCGUAGCCCAGUCUGAAGACUUCGAGAUGGUGGAAGCCCCACAACACCAGAGUGUGACGCAAGCCAGCCCUAGUGCGCAUUCGAGGAGGUCCCCGGAGCGACGACCUGAGGCUUUCGAACACGGACCCAAGCUUGUUACCAAGAACGGAACUUCUCGAUACUUCGACAAUGCUUACUGGGGCAAUCUUGGAGAUGAGCUCCAGCAUCCCGAAAUUGGUAACCUCAAGGAGCCUGUGGAAGAUAACAACACGGAUGGGACUGAGAUAUUCUUUCAGCCUGGACCAGAGUACAGAAUUGAGAAUUUAGGUGCACUACAUCCGAAUGCCCAGGUACUGAGUAUGCUGAAAGACAUAUUCAUUGAUCGUGUGGAUCCGCUACAUAAGAUAUAUCACGUCCCGACGUUCUGGAAUGGGCUGGUCAAGGCCCUCCAACGGCCCGAGAGCUUCUCUAAGAGCUUAGAGGCAGCUGCAUUUGCAUUCUAUCUCGCCACAAUCUGCUCUAUGAGUGAGAUGGAAAUCCAACGAUGUUUUGGUGCACCGAAAUCUAUCGUAGGGCCUCGAUACAGACUUGCUACACGACAAGCCUUGGUCAGUGCAGGAUUCCUUUCAACCUCGAGCCCUGAAACGCUUGGCGCGUAUGCCAUGUUCAUUAUGAGCGUCAGAGAGAACCACCGAGCCGACACCCUUUACGUGAUGUCUGGUAUCUCCAUAAGACUUGCGCGCAAGAUGGGACUUCAUCGAGAUGGGCUAUCUCUGGGUCUUUCGCCCUUUGAGACCGAGAUGCGUAGACGGCUGUGGUGGCAACUUGUAUACAUCGACUUUCGUAUGGCCGAUGUCUUAGGCAUCAAGCCUUCUCUUGAUCUCGAUGGCGAUACCCAAAAGCCCUUGAACGUCAAUGACGAUGACCUAUACCCAGAUAUGACGGAGUUUCCUACCGAGCGAAAUGGAAUCACCUCAAUCACCCUUUGCAUGAUCAGAUGCGAAACAAUGGAAAAUUUGCGCUCAUUGUCUCUUUCCAUUCCAGGAGAUUCACGCUGGGAAGCCCUCUCGGGCCCAGCGGUUGCCGUCGAAAUGAAGGAUGAAACUAUUAACAAGCUCGAAGACCAUUUGGAAAAAAAAUACCUACGUUACUGCGAUCCUACAAAUUCCUUACACACGUUUGCGUCUAUAAUGUGUCGAGCGACAAUCUGCAAGCUUAGGCUACUCGCACACAAUCCGCGCCAAUUCGCCACCAGCCGUUUGCCAAUACCUAAGGAUGAACGAAACAUCGUAUUCGUGAACGCUAAAAAGCUGCUUGAAUAUGUUGUGUUUUUACAGCGAGAUCCGAACAUGGAGAGAUACCUGUGGCAGAUUGGGACUAGCUUUCUCUGGAACACCAUGCUUUAUGCUCUGAUUGAAGCUCGGCACCGCAAGACUGGUCCAGAUGUUGACCAAGCUUGGCAGCUGAUCGGAUCUGCGUUCUCACAUUAUCCACAGAUCUUUGACGAGUCCAAUGCUGCAGCCGUUUACAUGGUUGUAGGUAGGUGGGCCUUGCAAGUUUGGGAUGAAUAUGUCGCAGCUUCGAAGGCUGAGGGUCUGCCAGAGCCUCUUUGUCCAGACUAUAUCAACAAAAUCAGGCAGUGUCACGAUCCGAUCUCUGAUCCAGACUCGCCCAGCAGGUCAAGGAAUGACAUGACGCAAUCUAAACAGACAUCAUUCAGCUUUCCGCAAAAUCAAGGACAGACAUGCAAUGAUGGACUGCACGUAACGGAAAAUCUGGACAGUUUUGGCCUGCCUGAACACUUGUCUUUCGAAAUGGAUUCCGGCGAGUGGCUUCAAUGGGACCAAUUUCUUGCAGGACAGGAUGGUUUUGUCCAGGACAGCUUCACACAGCUUCCGGCAGCUCAGUGGACUUCUCUUAGGACUUUGACGACAUCUGAUAGUAGCAAUCAGAACAGCUGAAAGGGUCCGUCAUCUCGAUGCAUAGAAGAUAGAAGGAAAAUCGUCGAAUGGCUGUUUGCAGUCUUGAACUAGCCAGAGCACGGUACCUGCCAGGCCGUCUCCUUUGUCUCACACAUGCAAUUAGAUGCAUAUCCAUUGACUCGUACGGCAACUGCAUCGCUUGAUUAGCACUAUUUCGUGCCUUUCCGUGGAGCAGAUACUUUCGUCGAUCUCACGUCAUGAGACUCGAGCCUGUCUGUCGCCAUAUGUAGAAGUCUUUCAUCCCAGUCGAUCCACAAUCACGCCUAUCAAUCCGACGAAGCCUACAGGUGCCCGAACUAGAAACUUUGAAGAACUCGGCGAGACUAUGGAGGAUGCUACGUCGAUGGCAUGAUGAGUGGGUGGGGAUGCGCUAUUAAUUAAUGUGGACAGACAUUUUGCCCCGGCAGUGACACCGAGCA